CUGGGGGGAGGCCCGCUGCAGUAGGUCGGAGCAGGCUCUUUAACCACGUCUCCCUCCCCUCCCCAGAGGCCGGCGAGGAGGGGGAGGCCGAAGGGAAAGGCGUCCAUCUGGAGUGAAGGAUGAACCGCGGGCACGUCGGUGGUCUAGAGCUGCAGAGUGCCCGCGCUGCGUCCGCUUCCUGCGCGCUCCCCGCCUGCGUCUGGCCGCCCAGGGGCCCGCGGACCCCGGACAGCGGCACUUGGGCUCACGGAGGACAGAGACCGGGGCCGGAGCCGCAGGAGCCGCGGGCCUGCGAGACCAGCGCCCCGGGGAGCCUGAGGCAGCCUCGCUCUAGUCCUCCCUCCCGGCAGGAGCCGCCGCGGAGCCGGCAGCGCUUUUCCUGCAGCAGCGGGCGUUGGGACGCGGCUGGGGCCGAGCUCUCCCCAGCGGCCACCGGGCUGAGCGGCUCCCUGGACUCGGCCCCCUCCAGGUGACCCAGUCACCCCGACCCCGGCUAAGAGGAAACAACGCCUGUGGGAGAAAACUUAGAUUUUGCUUUUGCACCUAACUCCUGUAGCUGUGCAAGCUCUGCGGAACCGUGUAAGGUUUCCUCUUGCACUUGACUAGUGUUUGAGAAAACCUGCAGGGCCUGGAGUGAGAGGAAGAACCUUAUAAACUUUGGGGGCGGGGACAUUUUCUUGGAAGCGACAAGUAGCCUCGGACCUACAGUGCCUGGGCCAGUGACGUCAGCCCCCGUUCAGACACGCUGAAGGGUCUGGGCGCUGCUCCAUGACCAACACCAAAGACCCCAGGAGAGCCAUGGAAUCGACGCUGGCGACAUCCAGUUCUGCCACCGGCCCGGUCACCUUCUCCCACGUCUUCGGUCAGCAGUGCCAACUUAUGGAAGCAGCUGUACAAUCGUUGCACACCCUCAAUGACCAGAUAUCCCAUUUUAUUGUCACCAAGUCGAAGGCGCUGGAGGAGGACCAAGACCCGUUUCUGCCCACUGAAAAGGAGACUCUGAAGAGUUCCAUGAUGCUGAUGAGGCACCUCUUAAUGGAUGCUCAGGCCAAAAUCCUGAGCAUGAUGGAAGACAAUAAGCAGCUCGCGCUCCGCAUCGAUGGGGCGGUCCAGUCGGCCAGCCAGGAGAUGACCAACCUGCGAGCCGAACUCACGGCCACCAACCGGAGACUGGCGGAACUGAGCGGCGGCGGCGGCGGCCCCGGCCCGGGCCCGGGAGCAGCGGCCAGCGCCUCGGCGGCGGCGGACUCGGCGGCGGCGAACAUGGAGAACCACCAGCACAGCGCGCAAGCACUGCUGCGGGAGGAAGUGUCCCGGCUCCAGGAGGAAGUCCACCUUCUCCGGCAGAUGAAGGAGAUGCUGAUGAAGGACCUGGAGGAGUCGCAGGGCGGCAAGUCCUCCGAGGUCCUCGCGGCCACCGAGCUCAGGGUCCAGCUGGCCCAGAAGGGGCAGGAGCUAGCCAGAGCCAGAGAAGCAUUGCAGGCCAUGAAAGCCGACCGAAAGCGCCUAAAGGGUGAAAAGACGGACCUGGUGAGCCAGAUGCAGCAGCUGUAUGCCACGCUGGAGAGCCGUGAGGAGCAGCUGCGCGACUUCAUCCGCAACUACGAGCAGCACCGCAAGGAGAGCGAGGACGCUGUCAAAGCCCUGGCCAAGGAAAAGGACCUGCUGGAGCGCGAGAAGUGGGAGCUGCGGCGGCAAGCCAAGGAUGCCACGGACCACGCCACGGCACUGCGCUCCCAGCUGGACCUCAAGGAUAACCGCAUGAAGGAGCUGGAGGCGGAGCUGGCCAUGGCCAAGCAGUCCUUAGCCACGCUGACCAAGGAUGUCCCCAAGCGGCAUUCACUCGCCAUGCCUGGCGAGACGGUGCUUAAUGGCAACCAGGAGUGGGUGGUGCAGGCAGACCUCCCACUGACCGCAGCCAUCCGGCAGAGCCAGCAGACUCUCUACCACUCACACCCCCCCCACCCUGGGGACCGGCAAGCGGUCAGGGUGAGCCCCUGCCACUCCCGGCAGCCCUCCGUCAUCUCCGACGCAUCUGCCGCUGAAGGCGACCGGUCGUCCACGCCAAGCGACAUCAACUCCCCUCGACACCGGACGCACUCCCUCUGCAACGGCGACAGUCCCGGCCCAGUUCAGAAGAACCUGCACAACCCCAUUGUACAGUCACUAGAGGAUCUUGAAGACCAAAAACGGAAAAAGAAGAAAGAGAAGAUGGGAUUCGGCUCCAUCUCGCGUGUCUUCGCCAGAGGGAAGCAGCGGAAGUCCCUCGACCCCGGCCUCUUUGAUGACUCGGACAGCCAGUGCAGCCCCACGCGACAGAGCCUCAGCCUGUCGGAGGGCGAGGAGCAGACAGACCGGCUGCAGCAGGUGGAGCUGGUCAGGACCACGCCCAUGUCGCACUGGAAGGCCGGCACCGUCCAGGCCUGGCUGGAGGUGGUCAUGGCCAUGCCCAUGUACGUCAAGGCCUGUGCGGAGAACGUCAAGAGUGGGAAGGUGCUGCUGAGCCUGAGUGACGAGGACCUAGAGCUGGGCCUGGGCGUGUGCAGCUCCCUGCACCGGCGCAAGCUCCGGCUGGCCAUCGAGGACUACCGCGACGCCGAGGCGGGCAGGAGCCUGUCCAAAGCCGCUGACCUGGACCAUCACUGGGUGGCCAAGGCCUGGCUGAAUGACAUCGGCCUGUCCCAGUACUCCCAGGCCUUCCAAAACCACCUGGUCGAUGGGCGGAUGCUGAACUCCCUGAUGAAGCGGGACCUGGAGAAGCACCUGAAUGUGUCCAAGAAGUUCCACCAGAUCAGCAUCCUCCUGGGAAUCGAGCUGCUGUACCAAGUGAACUUCAGCAGGGAGGCCCUCCAGGAGCGCCGGGCUCGCUGCGAGACGCAGAACAUAGACCCCGUGGUCUGGACCAACCAGCGGGUGCUCAAGUGGGUGCGAGAUAUUGACCUGAAGGAGUACGCAGACAACCUGACCAACAGUGGUAUCCACGGCGCCGUGCUGGUGCUGGAACCCACGUUCAACGCUGAGGCCAUGGCCACGGCCCUGGGCAUCCCCAGCGGGAAGCACAUUCUCCGGAGGCACCUGGCGGAGGAGAUGAGUGCCGUCUUCCACCCGGCCAACUCCACAGGCAUCCGGGAGGCUGAGCGAUUCGGAACGCCCCCGGGGAGGGCCUCCAGCAUCACCCGGGCGGGGAAGGAGGAGAACAGCGGUGGGAUCAAGUACAAGACUGGCCGGCUGCCCCUGGGAAAGAUAGGAAGGGGCUUCAGCAGCAAAGACCCCGAUUUCCACGAUGACUAUGGUUCUCUUCAAAACGAAGAUUGCGGAGACGAUGACUCCCAGGGCAGGCCCGAGCAGUGCCGUCUGGAGGGCUACAAUGGCCUGGAGGUCACCAACGUGUAAGGAACCGAUGCUCCACCAGACCCAACACAGAGAGACCCGGGGAUGAAGGACAGCCAGGGACUGUCGCUGUUGUACAUAGUGAUCUCGGCCUGAGGGUGCUCCUCUAGUCCCGGGAAAUCCCAGCAGACUGCUGUGACUGUGGAUGGGAACCCCGGGGAACGAGGGGGCACCAGCCUGCCUGACUUGAGCGGGCUGUGGACUUCCGUGCUCACUGGAGGGAGACUGGCCCAGGGGGCCCAUCAGGGUGCCCAGCACCUCUGUCAUCAAGGCUCCACCUCGGAGUGACUCAGCCACUGAGCAGUUCAAGUGGUCCUGGGAGCCUUGAACUGAGCCACCAGGAUGGAAAGAGGCACAGGGUUCCCCAAAACACCCUCCCAGGAGGAGCAGGUGGGACUCCAGCCAGACACGCAGAGGCCAGCAGUGAGCACCAGGAGCUAGCAAAGCUGGAGGCUGAUGGGUCACCACGUGGACCCUUCUGGCCAGCCUGGCGGAGGUCUCAGCUCCAGCAUCCAUGCCCCCCAUGACCAAUAACUCGGCUUCUGACUUGUAUCACUGAAUCUCUCUUGGGAGAAGGCAAAACGGGAAGGUCAUUCCCAUCCUAAACGCCGUGUGUCACAUCCGGGUGGACACGUUAAAGGGCUACGUGCUCCCUCCUCCCGGGAGUGGCUGUCCUGGGUGGAGGCAGGUGACAUCCCUGCGGGAGUGGGGCUGAGCAGUGACAUUGCCAGGAAAUGCAGAUAUCUGGUCAUCAGGAUGAAGGAUAUCGUGUCGAUAGGAUCGGAGUUGACUGAGUUAGGUCCACGACAACUGUACCAAGUGUGACAGUGGGUUUGGGACUGGGAACAGGGAAACGCUUGUCAUCGUUAACCCAGCAAACCUUGUUGUGACGUCUGUCACCUGACACACAGGUGUGCUCGCCAGUGUCCUAAUUGAGCUGAAUCUCACAGGUCACUAAGGUGGUGCAGAGGAUCCCCAGCCCUCUUCUUGACUCUACUACUGUUUUGCUGUGUGGCUUCUUCCCAGUGGCCUCACCUCUCUGUGCCUCAAUGUCUUCAUCUACAAUACUUCUGGUUCCCUUCCAGGGAUGUUGUGAGGAUUAACACUUGCUAACGUCUGUAACACUUUGUAACCUCUCAGGAGACAGGUGGGAAGUUAUGGGGUCCAGGGUGGGUGUCUACUUUCCCAUUUACAACACAGAACUGAUACUGUACUGAUGUAGUACUGGUUCUCUCCACCUGUUUUUUGUUGUUGUUGUUUUUGUUUGUUUGUUUUGGGGGCCGGACCGCACGGCAUGCGGAACUUCCCCGACCAGGGAUUGAACCUGCACCCCCUGCAAUGGGCGGGCAGAAUCUUAACCACUGGACCACCAGGGAAGUCCUCUCCAACUGUUCUGAUUGGAGCAACGUGCAAAAGGAGGGCAAGAAAUGUUUAAUGUUCAGACUCUCUAGAGCCCCCAGUAGGACUUGACUUCCCCCAAAGAGGAAAAUCCCACGUACAUAACCCUUGAAAAUGAGUUUGAUCCAUGUGUUCAGGCUUGAGUUCAUUGACCUCGAUACUGAGGAAUGAUUAGGGAAGGGCACGUGGCAUUGGAGUUCUACUUACACUUAGGUAAUCAAAGCAAAUCAUUUGUUGGAACCGCGAUGCUCGACUUCCAUUGAAGCCUUUGGCACCAACAGUCUAUAAGAGGUUUGAAUUUCCAGGACUUGAAGCAGGGUCAGCCUCCAAGAACCGUCAAAGCACGUUCUUCAACCCAGUGAAUUACUUCCCCUCAAGGAAAAGCACAACCCGAGGCCUGAUGAACUUGAGAAUUCCUCCUCCCCGAGGCCGAAGACCUUGGUUUCCUGACCUUGGUUUCCUAACCUUAACAAAAGCACAGCUUUUCUCACCACCGGAAACCAAAUGCCUAGUUGUGGACACGUGGAUGCCCCCUUUUGUCUGAACGUUUGGCCUCCUAGGGACACAUUUCUGAUUCCAGGGCCCAAGGGGUGAAGCUCUGGAACAAGGGGUGAAGCUUUGCGGAGGCUCCAAACCCAGUAACUUCAUGACGUUCAGCCACACACACGGGAUCGGAGGCUGCAGAGCCCGCAGCCGGAGAGAGGAGUUAAGACCUCCCUCUAACCUGAUGCCACAGGCCACUCCCGAGCCAGCAUCCAGGCUGGCCGAGCCGGCACCCCAGGAUCUGCCUCUCGGGAAGGAGCAAACCCAGAAGGCAGUUAUUCCCGCAGGGUGAGCAGGAAUGGCAAACCGACAGGUGCCUGGGUGCAGGUCUGAUUAUUUGAAACCAAUGCAUUGUUCCCCGACUUGGGGACAAGAUGGGCAAGCGGACAGUUGGGGGGGGCGGUGGUCACUGGCAGGGAUGGCAGUGCCCAAAACAUUCGCAGCACUGGGCCGGCAGGCCUGGGGCAACGUGGGCAAACUCGGAUGCGCCUUUUGGUCCAAACGGUGCCCUAAGAGCACGUUCUCGCCUCCCGGACGCUCUGUAUCCCUGGCCCCCAGGCAAGCGUUUGGAUGCUUUGCAACGUGAGGAUGGGUUGGCUGAUAAAUGAACAACCUCCGUACAGGGUUAAAUCAGGU